AGCGUGCCUUGGGGGCGGGGCUUGGGGGUGGAGAGACAGGAAAGCAGACAGAAGGCAGCAUUUAGAAGAAGGUGGAGCCAAUCUGAAGAACUUUUGCAGGGAGGGUGAUGAUGUCUCAACUUCACAUAUGUUAUGGCCCCGUUUGUGAGAUGCAACAUCACCUUCCAUCUUUCCUGGACCCCCUGGAGUUUGUGCUUGUGUACCUAGAGACCUGGGUCUACAAAGGAUUGUUUGAUUUGAGGCCGGAAUUAUUGCUAUACUUUUUGAAUAUGCACGUUCUUAUUACAUCUGAUGGUGAUUUCAAUGUAACAGUCGUGUACAUUUAUGGACCCAAAGGGAUUAGGAUAUUUGCAAUGUUUGUGAUUGUGUCGCUAGCUUGCAAUCUCCGGAUCAAACGACAUCGAGCCAGAGCCUGGGCCAGAGGCCUGCAAAGUCCUGUGUGGUGGAACCGGAGGUACUUCAUUUAAGAGGAUGCCUGUCCAGGACCCAUUGUUCAGAUGUCCUUUGCCAUAAUGUUAACCUUGGAACAGCCUUGCCUGUGGAGAAGCCGGCUUGACCAUGAUGCCAAGUUCCAGAUCUUUUUGUGCCAGGACAGGUGGGGAGGGAGGUUUUACCA